AUGCUUCACUCAUUGCGCCGUUUUCUUUGCUUUUCCACCCCCAAGCAACGGGGAACCAACUCCACGGAGAAAGAUGCGAGGGAAGACAGUCUUCGACCAAAACCAUCGGUUAUAGCAACUGCCCAGCCAGAGACUACCCGUAUUGCCAAUCCUUGCAUACAGAGACAGGAUAGCAUGAUGUCCAAGGUCUCUGAUUCUUCCCCAAGUUGCACAUCCAGCACCCACACCGAGUCCACAACUCUAUCAAAUGGCGAAACCAGAGCCACAACAAUUUCCGCCACCACUGCCCCCUCCUCCCCAAUCCUCAAGACCUUUGCCAAGUCCACCGCAACCUUGGACACUAUCACACCGUAUAUCCCCAUCCUGCAAGCAGAUGGCACUCUGCGGGCUCCACAGCUGAGCUUCGAUGGCUACGGCUCCUUCGGAGGCCGGUUCGCACCAGAAUCUAUAAUGGGAUUCUUGUACGAGCUGACAUCAUUCUUCGAAGCCACAAUCUCCGACCCCUCGUUCUGGGAAGAAUAUGCCACGUUUCACCGUGCCCUCACGCCAUUGCACACGGCUUCAAAGUUGACUGCCCUCGCCGGAGGAGCCACCAUCUGGCUGAAGCGAGAGGACCAGAAUGAAUACGGCACUCACAGAUCCCGCAACAUCAUCGGUCAGCUCCUGGUAGCUAAACGCAUGGGCCGCGCAGAGAUCGUCACUGACUGUGCCUCUGCCAAACACGGGAACUUCACUGCUGCAAUGUGCGCUCGCCUGGGAUUGCGCUGUGUGAUUGUCAUGGGUGCAGAUGACGCUAAUUCUCAAGAGGAGGACGUGCUUGAGAUGAAAAUGCUUGGAGCAAAGGUCUUGACAACUCGCACCCCUUCUGGCAUGGGUAGCCUACGCGCGGCCAUCACAGAGGCGCUGCGUUAUUCGGUCUGCAACCACGAGUCUGCGUACUACCUCAUGGGUAGUCCAGUGGGGCCAAGUCCCCUGCCCACCCUGACUCGCACGUUCCAAGCCCUUCUCGGCGAGGAAGUUGCAUCCCAAAUGCAAGCACUAGGCAGCCAGCCGGAUGCCCUCGUCACCGCCGUUGGGAGUGGCAGUGGCGCAGUGGGCUUGUUCAGGCCUUUUAUCCAGGACUCAACAGUCCGCUUGGUGGGUGUCGAAGCUGACCAGGCCGCUGCCUUGACAAAAGGUGAGCUUGGUGUACUUCAAGGUGCGCGGACUCUUUUGCUUCAAAACUCCGAUGGCCAGAUCCUCGACUCGCACUCCAUCUCGCCAGACAUGAAUAUUUCCACCGUGGGCCCUGAAAUUGCUCAUUGGAAGGAGUCUGGCCGUAUCGAAAUUUCCACGGCUACCGACGCGGAGGCCCUGGAUGGGUUUGAAACACUUCGGCGCCACGAGGGGAUCCUGUCUGGUCUGGACUCAAGUCACGCGGUGACAAGAACUCUCGAGCUCGCUAAAGAGCUCGGUCCUGGGAAGAAUGUGGUUCUGAUGGUGACUGGCUGUGAUAAUAUUGCCAUGCGCCGGAUGAAUGCUUGA